AUGUCCGAAAGGACCAUAGCCAGCCGCAUAGGCGGAGAGCUCGACAUGGUGUACCUCCGCCUGCACAAGGGGUACCACCUGCCCGGCAAGCCCAGCCGGAAAUGGUCGUCCCAGCGGGCUGGUCCCUUCAAGAUCGUCCGGAAGGUCUAUAACCUCGCAUACAAACUGGACUUUCCGAAAUCCUGGAAGGUUUGGCCGGUCGUUUCGGCCGCCCAGCUCUACAAGGUGCCCCAAGAACCGGACCCCUUCGAACGCGUGACGCCGCCCCCGCCGCCGGUCAUAAGAAACAAGAAACCCGCUGUUGAGUACCUUGUCAAGUACCUCGGCUGGGAGGACAUGCACAACCAGUGGGAGUAUAAGGAGAAGGGCAUCAAGCGCAAAGAAUACGAGGCCAUCAAGGAAAUCCCGAAGCUCGAGAACCAGAUCCGAAUCGACUUGCCGGUCAGGAAGGAUUUGGGCGAGUUCCAGAAAAUCGAUGUCGAAUGA